AUGGCUGUGACACUCCCUAGCGAGAUCCUCUUUAUGGUCCUAGAUAACCUAGGAGAAGAGAAGGACUACAACAGCUUAUACCAAUGCGCACUUGCCUCGAAACAUUUCACCGAUCAUGCACUGGCUGUAUUGUACAGGAUCUAUGACGCCUCACCCUUGAGAGGCGGAGGCGCCGAGGACGAACAGUUGAGAGCUCAGGCUCGAAGAACAGUAUAUACGGGCUCUAGAGAGGAGCAGAACCCGACUUUGAGAAAAUGGAUAACGUUGUGGCGAUCUAUUGUUCUGUCAACGCUGGAUUUGACCUAUCUACCUUACUACAGCUAUAUCCGGUAUCUGGAUCUAGAUGAUCUAGGGAACCUGCUGGGCACUGGGUCGGCUGUCAAGGACCAACUCUUCACACCGGAGCUUCUGGAGUUCGUUUCUCAAGAGUACGUGUCUGAAGGGAAUAAGCGGCGGCGCUCGCCGAGGACGUUACCUGAUAAUGAAUCAAUCAAGGUGAAGUUCGGAUCCGGUCAGUUCUCUGUCUCUUCUACCUUUGGCUCGUACUUAUUCCUUGAAGCUAUCGUCCAGAAAAAUGCGAUGCUACGAGGAAUGUCCUGUGAUGUUGCACCAACAAUACUGAACGAAUGGAUCGAGGUAUCGCCCCAGCUACAAAGCCUGACCGUUUGGUCUGGAACCGCGCUCUCGCAACGAGCUGGCGAGAAGAUCCGUGAGCACUGCCCCGAUUUCAGACAGCUGCGGAUCUACAUAUGGCAAGAUAAAGCACCUGCAAAGGCAGAGAUAGAGGCGGAAGAGCUCUUCAAUGCCCUCCCGCCAAACUCACUGGAAUAUUUCGAAGUGCUUAGCUUCUCUCAUCUAGGUCCUCGAUCCAUAAAAGCAUUAGCAACGCAAAAGGACUCCUUAACAGAGCUGAAGCUGACCAGUCUCACCAUCGACACAAUCCGCGAACUCCCCUCGUUGACCCCAUUACCACAGUUAGAGGUCCUGAGCCUGACAGACUCGGCGCCCGCUGCAUGGGACGAGCAAUUUGACACAACUCUCGGCGAGGUGGCUGACUGGAUUGGGACCUGCCCAAAGUUAAAGCACCUGGAAGUGAGGAGAUUCAUGAACGACAGCAGGCUCCUGACCAAGGCACUGAUGCACGAUGAGAUCCGUCUCACCGGCCUGUCCUUUGCCGGCUUCAAGUUAGCCGAGGGCUUCAAUUUCCUCUACGACCUCAAAGGCCACACAUCCCUGCAAUAUCUUUACCUACGCGGCGAAGGCAGCCCAGACCCGUCGCAUAAUAAUCUACUUGUCGAGAGCAUAGCCACCCUCAAUGAGCUUCGUGAGCUCGAACUCAAAGACGUAUCCGACUGCUUCACCAUGGAGCAGGCCGGAGAACUCACCAUGUCCCUGCUCAAUCUCGAAAGACUCUGGAUAAGCGGCGAGGCAUACAACGACUCCAUCUGGCCUGCAUUCUCGUGUCUCUCGAAGCUCAAAAGCCUAGCCGUAUACGCUCUGAGUAAUUUCACAGCGGACGGCGUCGUCGACUUCAUAUCCCAGCUUGGUCCUGGGAAUCAGGGUUUCAGUUUGUCCAUUCUCAACGCGACGUCUGCUUUCAGUUUCCCGGAUGAAGUGCAAGCGAUGAUCCGCGAGAUUUUGGCGGGGAGUCUAGAUGGCUCUUUCGAUUUUGGUCUUGCUCAAGAGGAAUUCAGCGAUCCGGAUUCUGAGAUCGAAUUGUCGGACUGA